ACAAACACUAUAGUUUCUGUCUCCACUUAGAAAUUGUUACCUUGUAUUGUAAUUAUUUAAAGUUUGUAGUUUACCAUGUAUAAACUUAUAAUCUUAUGUAGCCUCAUAUCGACCAGUAUCGCAGAAUUUCCUCUUCAUCAUCAUCAUCAUCAUCACUUCGCAGUGUCCCACCAGGAGCUUGUCAAACAUGAUGGCCCUCACCACCCAGUGCAUAUUCAUCAUCCGAUUCCCAUCCAUCAUCCAAUUCCUGUCCACCACGUUCCAAUUGCACACCACGUGCCAGUAGUGCCAAUACACCAUGUUCCGCACCACGACCACUAUUCAUUUCCGGAAUACAAAUUUGCCUACUCCGUUCACGAUCACCACACAGGCGAUGUUAAAUCUCAACACGAACACCGUCAUGGAGACGUUGUUCACGGAGGCUAUGAGCUCGUCGAGCCAGACGGUCGCUUCAGAAAAGUAGAAUAUAAGGCCGAUGACCACACAGGUUUCAAUGCCGUGGUCCAUCAUUCAUCGCCGCAUCACCACAUUCAUCUUGAACACCAUGGUUGAAUUAUACAAAAUUACACAUCGAAGACUGAAAUUUCACUAUGACUUGAAAAAUGUACUAAAUAUAGAAAUUUUAAUAAAGAUAGCGUUAUCUAAAAA